GUUACAAAAUAUAUAGCGCAGGCAUGCAGAGCCUGAAUGCGUUUAAUUGAUUAGCUGCAUACAGUAAUAUUGUUACAGUGAUGGGUUUGUGGUGUGGUGUGCAGCCAUGGUUAAAACCCAAAGAGUGAUGGCAGUAGAGGACACUGCCAACCCCCGUUGGCCAGUGCAAAAGUCAGUUUUUUAUAUAAACUGAACACAGGCUGUGUAAUGCACCAAGUAGUGGACACGAUAAUUCAGCCAGAACACAGGAGUAGAAUUAAAUAUUUUAUUGAUGGAAAAGGUGUUGAACGGCAGGAAACGGGCUGGAGCCCACUCAGGAACCAUUGUAACAGUAAGGUUUGUGGCUGGAAGCAACUCAGUGGAAGGUAGUGAAAGGCCACUAACCUUCUUAGAUUCCAGGAAGUUGCUCUAGAUCCGAUCCCUGGGCCCAACGGCUCCACUAGUUUGAUGUUUCUAUGGGCAAGCACAGUCAGAGGUUCUCUGCUUUAGACAGCUUGUAACCAGGGCCGAAGCGAAAGGGUAAUCCGUGAUACAGGCAAGGUUCAGAAUCAUUAGUAGAUCGGGCAGAGGUCUUUCAAAGGGAGAGGCAGGAGGCUUGGUCAGGUCUGAGCGACAGGUCGUUGUACAGAUAUCAGAGACUAACUGGAGAAUCCAAAAAGGGCAAGGCAGACAGGGAAAAUCAUAAAACGUAAGGCAAGGUCAUAAACAGGCAGGCACACAAGGAACACUGGAUGGUAUGCACACACACAAUGGCUUUAUAGAGUCUGGCAGCUAACUGCAGAGGGAGCCAGGUAUAUAUCGGGUGGAGCACAGGUGCUCAAACUACCACCAACGAGACAGGCAGAGCAGACAGGAAUAGAGCAGGACUGAUCUAAACAAACAGACAGACUAGUCACAUUACAGGCUGGUAGACAGACAAUAGUGACCGGGGUAUCAGUAUGGUAAUACAAAACCAUAUCUUUAUAAAAUACAUAUAAAAAUGCCACAUUGUUACGCAAUCAGACCGAUGGCUGAGGGUUUGAGUUCAGAGCACGGAAAUUAGUAUCAGGAAUAACAUUUGCUUUCUAAUAAAAGUGAUAGAAAAAUGUAGUAUGCUUCACUGAGUUCCAACAAAAAGACAAAGAGGACUAUUUUUUUCCCCACCUCUCACACUGAUGAAUGCUGAAAUCUAUUUGUUUGUCUCUAGAUACCAUUGUGGGUCAUACAGGAAAUGAUAGACCCCUUGUUAAUAUUUCUAUCUUUUGUUCAGUUUCUUUCAGUGAUCAUGUGAAAAGAAAUGUUUUAUUCUCUCUCUCUUCAGAUGAGGGCUUUAGAUUGGUUUACUUUCAAACAGUUUACUUUCAAACUAUUAGCAAAGGGAGGACAGACCUUUUCGAUGUAAAAGAAAAUGACUAUGAGAUCUUAAGCAUUUUCCCUAGCUGCAAGUGGAAAAUCAUAAUUAAAAGAAAUAAAGGCUUGAAAACAUCAGCCUGUAUGUAAUUAACCUUUACAAUACGUUUGGCUUAGUGAAUUAGAUUACUAAAAUGAAUAAACUUGUCAAUAAUUGUCUCAUUUAUUGAAAAUGACUGUAUGCAGAAUACCAUCUCAGAAUGUCCAACUCCUUGAAGCAGAUGGGCUGCAGCAGCAGAAGACCAAGUGCAACUCCUGUCAGCUAGGAACAGGACACUGGAACAAUUAGUAACAGACUGCCGUGGUUCCAUAAAUCUUGAGUUCAGUUUGCAACAUACCGAUGUUUAGAUCAAAAUAUAGUGUAAUGUAAUGUAUCAUUUCUGGUCCCAGAGUAACAAGCAAACAUUGUUUAAAUGCUGCAGCCUACCUGACUGUCGGUGUUGACCUCGUCCAACCCCAAACGGGUUUAUUAAAAACGACAAUAUGCUCAAUGUAGUCCAGAGAACUUGACAGUGACCAGAUCUUCAGCUAAUAGAGCAGCUUUAGGGUGUACUGGAAGAUGAGGGUCAUGAAUGUGCUGCUGACCCGAUCUGCUGCAACUGUGUGAUGCUGUCAUGUCGCUAUGGAGCAAUAUCGCUGAGUAAUGGUUCCAACGCCUUGCUCAGUCUAUAUAAUGAAGAAUUAAAGCUGUCCUGAAGGCAAAAAUGAGUCCAACCAAGUACCAGUGAGGUAUACCCAGCAAAGUGGCUGGUUAGUGCAGAAUGCAACUGCUGGUUAUAUGAAGCUCUAAAUGUUGUGUUUGCACUGUUUAUGCAUUGUACUUCUGUAGAAAGCAUGCUUGAUUCUGAUUCAAAGUGAAGCCUGCAAACUGAAGUUUCAUUUUACCAGAGGGAAUCUGCCUUUUGGCUGUCUCCAUGUUGAGUAACCGUCUUCCGACAAGAAAACGCAAAGUUUGCACGCCCCCUUCCCGGGGCGCAGCUGAGGUUCUGAGUUCCUGCAUUGAGGGAACAGGUUUUUACAUCCAUGUCUAUGUCUUCAUUUCAGGCUAUGGCAUAGGCCUUCCCCAGGGCUCUCCUCUGACCCGUAAUGUGUCAGAGUUUGUGAGUCGCUACAAGUCUGACGGCUUCAUGGACAUGCUGCAUGACAAAUGGUAUAAGGUUGUACCCUGCGGAAAGAGAGUCUUUGCAGUCACCGAGACCCUGCAGAUGGGGAUCCAGCAUUUUUCAGGUCUGUUUGUGUUGCUGUGCAUCGGUGUCGGUGGAGCUCUGCUGACCUUGGCAGGUGAACACACCUUCUAUCACCUGGUGGUCCCCCGCCUCCGGCGUUCAAAUACCCUGCAGUACUGGCUGCACACCAGCCAGAAAAUCCACAGAGCCCUCAACACUACAUAUGAGGAUGUUGGGAAGGAGCUGACCUGCCUUGACCAAAAGCCCUCUUCUUGUAUCUCAGAAAACUGCACCUUACACAGGAAACAGCAUAAGCCUCCUCCACCGUCACCUCCCACAUCCCUCCCUGCCUCCUAUACAGCUGGUGAAACUGGCAGCUCCUCGCCGUCCCAUGAACCUAAGGAAAAACGUGUUCAUUUUGACCUGGACACGCUUCACAGCUACCGCCUGCGCACGCACACAGCAUCGGUGCGUGGCAGGCCGGGCAUGGUUGGCCGUCCUGGUCUCGGACUGGGAGGGUUUGGGUUCGGCAGCCUGGGCAGCUUCACCACUCCUCCUCAGAUUAAUCUCCACGCUAACGGGGGCCCGGUCUCGACCUUGGCAUCCACGGGCUUGUUGCUGUCUCCCUUAGGAAACAGGGCCACUCAGACCAGCCUGUGGGAGGGGGAACUCCAGGAGCUUCAGGUGAAGAUCGAAACCUUCCGUAACCAGCUGAGAGAGGCUCUGGCUCGAAGAGCCGAGAUCCAGUCCAGCCUGGAGAGAGAGAGGAGCGGGCUGGUACGCAGGGACACCAGUCUGGAGAGAGAAAGAGACAGACAGAGGGUACAGACUAUUACCACAGACAGAAGUAGCUCCACUCAGUCCAAACUCCCUGAAAGAGACAGAACCAGCCAACUGCAAACCCUGAACAAUCAGCAGACUGGGAGGCCUAACCAAACAGCUGGAGCUGGUACUGUGGUUCUUGGAAGAAGCAGCCAGUUAAACACAGUGAACAGUUUGGAUAGAGGAAGGGCCACUCAAUCACGCCCCAGUGUUACUGUGACAGGGGAAAGGACUGUCCAAUCACGCACUUCUACUAGUCUGGAGCGAAGUCUAGUCAACCAACAAAGUACUGGAAACGUAACAGUCCAAACGAGGAACACUUCUAGUCUGGACAGGCAGAAGGCAAACCCAUCACUCACUCUGAACACUUUGGAGAGGACGACAGCCAACCAGUCAAGCGUAAGCAGCGGAACCUGAUUGGUUCUCUGAAGCCUUUUGUUGUGCAGGAAUUACCAGAGAACCAGUCAGGUGGUGCUCUCAUAGCCGUGGGUCCUGGUCAUUUCACUCUUUUGCCAUUUUGUACCUUUGCAUCUUUGGUCUUUUCCUACCUGACUUUUUCAGGUACCAAAAGAUCUCUGCCACAGGUUGUUUCGUACUCACCAAGUACAAGUUCUUACCUGCCUUGGAGGCGAUCCUUACCAGCCACAUUGAGAAUUAAACUUGUUUUAUAUACAUUCAUCUCACAUUUUGCAGUAAUAAAAUGGGACUCCAAUUAAGAAUACCAGCACAAGAUAUUUUAGUUUGAUUAGGAAACUUACAGUUGGUCUUCAAGAUCAAGUAUUUACUUUUUUUGCUUUUUUCAUCAGAUACUCAAAAUAUUUUAUGAGAACCUGAGUAAAUACAUGCAGAUGUUCUCAAAUAAUUACUUGAUUCAUGAAGGGGAAAAACUAACCCAACUAAGAACAACAAUAACAGCCCCACAACCCUGUUAAAUAGAAUACAAUAAAAUAAUAUUUAAUUUAGCCUUCAACAGGGAAAUUCAGUAUAUCAGCAGCACAGGGACAAGCAAAUGAAAUGCACAUAGAUAGACCUAAAACCCCACAGAUGAAUAUAAAAUAAAACAAAACAGGCUGAUUAUGGCCUCAUCUGUCACUAACCCCAAUAUUUUAAGUCAAUUUCAUUAGCCACACCCAGUAAUCAAUAUUCUUCGACAUGUAGAAUCAAGAAAUCAGUUAUAUAUAAAAUGUCAGACAACAUAAAGUAGGCGAAAUACGACCCAAUCCAAAUACACGUAGGAAACAACGGCACUGACAUCUAUCAGCCUGGAAUGGAUCACAUAGCCAUUUUGGUUUUGGGAGUUAACCACAGCCAUAAUCCACAAGCAAUGAAAAUAUAGAUCACUGGGGAACCUUCUCAGGAGUAGCCAACCUAAUCAAAGUCCAGUCUUAAAUCCAAUUACGAUGCAGCAUGACUUUACACUGUCUGUUCAUGCCUAAAAUGCACCGAUUAUGAAUUAAAACAAUUCUGCAAGGACGAGUUGACCAAAAUGUCUCUAGAGCAAAGAAAAAUACAUCCUGCCAGUCUUUGCUGAUAAGAGUGCCACAGCCAGUUUCAUUUUCCAGAAAAUGCCAACUCAAAGUCACAAAUUAUGACCAGAAAAAUAAUAAUGAUCAUUUAUUAAUCAUCAAAUAAAACAAUAUACACCAAGCAUUCGUCCUGAUACUGUGUGUACUUUGUCCUUUUUGAACCUGAAAAGAGCUUUGCAGCGGGCGGGAUCAGCAGACAUAAACAUUGUCGCGUCGUCUGCAGCCAGUGGCAUGGAACUAUCAGAAAGCAAGAUGGUGACAACUGCCACAACUACUGUAAGAGCCAGUAGACCAUCCUGCAAUGCCUCGCAGUAAAGUGACAACUCACUGUGGUCGAAGACCAACCCGAUCUUCAGGGUUGGGGUUAGUCAACGUCUUACCUUUCGCUCCUCUGCUGGGCGUUGCUGACUCGCUCAGCUCCAUCGCUUCGCCUUGUUUACUCAUUGCGUGCAUGUGCAAUAUGAAACCUCUGGUUAUGUGGUCUUGUUAUGGUAACUAUACACCAAAGCAAUUCCUUUGCUAACAAAUACAGCAAAACUAAUGUGUGAAACACAGAUAUUAAAUGUAUUAAGCCCACAGGGCACACUAAUUUAAUCGGACAACAUCUGUAUGCAACCAGAUUGAUCUACUGGAGUAGAAAUUUGCAAAGUCAUAGCACGUGACUAGGCCCCUUUAACAAAUAAAAUCUAAAAUGUUCAUCCAUUAACCCUGUGAUGGACUUGUCCAAGGUGUGCGAGCCCUUCGCCCAACAACUGGAAAUAGGCACCUAAAGAAAUUUGUAGGGUUGACAAUUUUUCACAGCAUUGUACUUAAAAAAACAGAAGAAACAAACUGACAAAAUGAUUUAAGUGGAUAGGUGGAAAAUGGAUGUAACAAGUGAUAAAAUGGCAGUCCAUGCCAUUUUACAAGAGGUACAAAUUGGCAAAAAGAUGAACUGAACUGGAGUUGGAUGGGAGUUAUUUUGUGUUGUAGUUCAGGUUUACGAUGGCAGAAAGCAGGAACUGUUUAUUCAUAAUUGAUUUUAACAAUCUGCAUACAUUCCAGUCUCGCUUCAAAUUACAUCCAGAGAAAAAUGUAAAAACGGAAGCUUAAGUACUGAUGAAACUUUUACAUUUAAAAAUGAAUGCAACGAUGUCUUAAUCCCCUAAAAUCAUGAAAGCUUACAAUUGGUGGCAAAACAACAAGCGUGCUUUGUGUGGCAGUUUACGUCACAAUCAAUUAACCACAGCUGAUUUUAAAAAGAUGACCUCUGGCAAGUACAUAGAUAAUCAGUAGCAAGAGGGCAGAAAAUCACUUUUAAUCGGUUUUAAAUGGAAGCUAACUAAAUUUGAAAUUGGAAGUGGAGGUAGAGCCAAAACAAGAACCUCAGACAAGAAUUUGCCAAAAAAGAAGAAACCAUAAAGGUGAAGCUGCACAGACUGAAAAUACUUGAAUUCACUAAAUUAAAUUGACUCAAGCUGUAUCUCUCUUGAUAUUAUGCCUUGUACUUUAGCCACCAUCAAAAUAUUCUAAUUCUCUUCACUUUGUGAAAUGUGACAUAACUGGUGCUUGUCCCUCUGGUUCAGUUGGGUAAUGGAAAUAUAUGAUAAUUGGAAAGGUUUUGGUUCAUUUGUUUCCCUUUCUGUAGUAGUUGUCGAACACUGAUUCAGUUUCUUGUUCUCUUGAUCUUUCCCGCUCUCUCUUUUUAACGAAUUAAGAUCAAAGAACACACAGAUGGCAGGUUUCUACACAUGCAAGAAGUGCAAAAUUUUUUUGGCUUAUGUUUCCUCUCAAAACGUCAGGAUGCUGUGUAAACUAUAAAUGUAAGCAACAGCUGGGAGAAAAGACGCAAGCAAAACCCACGCUGCGCUAUAAAAACUGCUGGGUAAACAACAGCCCAAUUUGUGUUAUUGGUUAAAUAUGGGCCUAUCCAGGAGCUUUUUAACACAACAAGAGUAGGAUAUGAUUUUGAACCAUCAUACAGGAUCAACCAAUAUUAUUGCGAAACGAUUAAUGUUUAAAUUUAAAACUAUAAACUAACUUUUUUGUUGUUCUCAGUGACAACUGAAUUGGGAUGACAAAAUAUUGACUUUUUUACUUGUUUUGGUCAAAAUGUGACUGUGGAACAUAGCUAGCACUGGAAUGAACUAAUGAGCAUUUAGAACAUGAUAACAAAAUAAUUAAUAAUAAUAAAAUUAUGAAUGUGACCCGCUGACUUAGACAUUAUUAAACAGUAUAACUCAUUUCUUAUGUUGACCAAUGGAAGAGGUUCAUUUAAGUCUGAUUGGGUCAUUGCCUCAUUCAAAAUGGCGGUCAUUAACGAAGGACGAGGCGCUUUCUUGUCAGUAACCCAACAAGCUGAGUCACGAUUUUUGACCCAUGUUCUGUUAGAACAACCCAACCGUAUAAAACCAGCAUCUGUGUUAAACAAAGAUUUCACUUUCAUUUUAAAAUAUCUUAUGGUCACAUUAGCAUAGUCUUAUUUUCGCAGCUGCCUGGAAAAUACCUAAAAUAUCAAAGCAGUACAGACAUUUACUGCAAUUGUAAUUGCUAAACAGAGGCUGCACAGCUCAAAUAAUGGAUGAUAUGCCUGAGGGAAAAAGAAACGUAAUAUGUAAUUUUAACACAAUAACCACUAUUUCCACCUAUAGCGUUUGUUACGGCUUUAUGGGUUUUAAAGUCUUUGACCGUUUUGUGUUCAGUUAUUAUCCUUCCCUAUGUUUUUGGUGACAGUGUGUUUUUGUUUAAGUGCCUGUUGUUAAACAGCUGAAAGCUGCUCAUAUACUCAGGUCCUAAUUUACAUGCAGUAAUUUUUAUUUGCAGUCGCCACUGGUUGAAGGAGUAGCACAUAUACCAUCUAGUGAUUUCAGCUCACUACUACAGAUAGACCCAUAGACCUUCACGUCGAGCCUAAUGAACACAAGACAAGCUUUAAUCUGAAAUUUAGUAGGACCAUGCCUAAAAACAUCAUACUGCCUGCAAAGGUUUGGUUCCAAUUUACAAACACGGACAGUAGUAAAAACGUACUUUAUCAUAGGGAAAUUUUGUCAGCGCUUAACACAUUGUGAAGUUCUAUUUAUGAAAAAUAUAUUAUUGUUUUACACAGCAUCCUGGCUGUUUUGGGAAGGUUAAUUGUGAAAUUGUGAAAGCUGAAAGCACAUUUAUUUGUAAAGGAAAACUUUAAAUUAAGCAAAAAGAGGCUGCUGAAAAAUCCACCAAGGACCCAUCACAGGUUUGGUUAUCUUAGCUUUCUUACACAUUAAGUUUUUAUCAUUUUCUUUUCCCCCGUGUCUCCUCUGAUAACCCCAGUCUUAUGAAGGUGCAAUAUUAAAUUGCUGCAAAAUCCCUUUAAUUAAGGUCCCAUCCAUUUCCUGGUGAAGGCGUUUGGGGUGUGACAGUUUGCAAAGACUAAGUGCACUAUUAGCCUUCUGGAAGAAAUUAUUAGCGGGUCAUCUUUGCAUCAGGGAGUGACUCCAGAAAACUUGUGAUUGGAACACAACCUCUUCUUAUUUUGUGCGCUCUUCUUUUUAAACAUGCUUAUAUUUUAUUGUUUUGUUCGAAUCUCAUGCAGGUAGCCAGUUGUCCACUAGAGGAAGCUGCCUCUCUGCUUCCUGCGGCUAUAGACGCUGGAAAUCUUCUAGAGAGAUGUUUUGUUUUAAAGAUUAAUUGAAUCUCUUUUAGUGGUUAACACGACAAAGUAAUAACGGCAUGUAAAUGGUGCAUUUGUAAGCUUUGUUCUGCAGAGGGGAAUGGUUUUACAAAAUCUAUCCAGCAUCUAAUGAUGCCGUAAUUCUCAAUCUUAUUUGUCUCUCAGAUGAUUUCAGAUUCGCUCCAAAAAAAUCUAAAAAAAAAAACAAAUACUGAUGUCACCUUGAAUUUUUGAGUUUUAUUUGGUGGGACUAAUGUGCAUUUCAACAUCUCAACCUUUGCUGUGGUGUGAAGUGGUUGUGUUCACAUGCCAUGGUGUCUUAAAGGACGUAAAGUAUUUUAGGACUUUUGUUGAGGAAAAGCUUGUGGUACUGGAUAUUUAAAGAGAUACUUUUAAAUUAUCACUUAUAAAAGUUAUAUAAACAUAUGAAUACAUUUUAUGCAUAAAUGGACAUUCUCAUGUUUUGAAAUAAACAUUUAUAUACUGA